CUAUCAUUUUGGAAUCAGGCUGCUCCGAGGGUUUAUGUCACCGUUGCUCUUUGCUUCCCGCUCGACGACAAUGAAGCAGGGAAUGCUUCCCAGCAUCUGAAGUCUUCCCUGCAGAGCCUCGCCAAAGAGUGUCCAUUAUUCGCAGGACGGAUUGAAGCUAGUGAUCACCCGCCGGGUAUUGCGCUCCUGCGUCAGGCAUCCCAUUACGACAUCCCCUUCACCUCAGAUUACACAGAAGUUGCAUACGAUGAAGUCAAAAGCAAGGGGUUUCCACCGAGGUUGUUUAUUGAUCAAGAAUUCGGAAUCCCAGGAACGCUCGAGGUCCAGUCGGGCUCGUUGCCGGUGUCGAGGAUCCACGCCCGCUUCGCAAAGGGUGGACUGCUCCUCGUAGCUUAUCUGCAUCACUCAAUAUGUGACGCAGACUGUAUGCGUAUCUUCCUUCAAAAUUUCGCAGCUCGGACUCGCGCCGAUGCGCAACCAACAGAACAGGUCUUUGGGGACAGCGUCUUCCAAGGGGCGCGGGGCAGUGAUCCUAGAAAGUUCGAAGACCUAAUCGUUGCUUGUCCCGAAUACACGAUCCUCCCUGACUGCAGUGGACCUACCCAGCCCUUAUUCCGCGCCAAUGUUACACCGGUUAAAGAUGUCGAACGAGUUGGGAAAAUAUUCGUGUUCACGAGGAGCCAAACCGAAAAGCUUCAAGAACACAUGCGCACGCAGAACUCGGCCGCACCUCCAUCCACGUAUACCUGCCUGGCUGCUCUUACCUUUGCACAUGUCGUCAAAGCACGCCGGCAGGCCGAGAAACCGUUGUUUCCCGAAAUGCAGGACAAUUACGAAGCGAUGCUUUGGCAUUCGGUGAACUGGAGGCCUCGAGCGUUCCAAGAUAGAGCGAAAGAGUAUUAUGGUAACGCAGCACUGCCUGCAGUCACCAGGGUUUCGAUGAAAAAUCUUGAGGAGAUUGGUGACGACGUUGCAAAGCUUGUGCCACUGAUCAAAGAGUCCAUCGAAAGAAUCGAUCAAAAACACGUCCAGGAGAGGCUAGAUAUGGUUUCGGCAGCUCCCGAUCCACGAGCCAUCGGCGUUAACCAUGACCCUCGAAUGCCUGGAUUUCUGGCCUUCAACACGUGGCGACAUUUUGGGGCUGACGCCGAGUGGAAGAUCCCCGGCGUUGCUGUCACCACGCCCGAUGCGAUCAGGCGCGGACACGGCGAUUGGAAUUUGGGAACGGCAUUGAUCCUACCAGCCAAGUCGAACUCGAACAGCCAGGAGCUUUUCUUGAGUUUAUCGAAAGAUGCGAUGGAUUUGUUGUGCAAGGACGAAGGUUGGAUGAAAUGGGUGGAC